AAUUGAAAAUUCUAUCAGAAAAUUAAUAUCUCAUCGCGAGAUAGAUUUGACCGAAGUAGAAAAUACACCGAAAACAACGUAAACAAAAGAUUGCCCUCCAACAAUAAUCUUCAUUUUCCCCUUGUGUAUUGGUAAAUAUUUAUAUUGGGCUCAUGAAGAAAAAGAAGAGCUUGAUGACUAUUCGCCAACUUACUAAGUUCAACCGUUUCCCUGUGUAAUUCAUGAAUCAAGCAAGCCUUACCUGCACGCCCUGCAGCCUUCCCAACGGCCUGCGCGGCGGGAAUGUGAACGUGAAGGCUGCCUAUCACGCCCCACCACUCGCCAAAAUCCGCACUGAUGGAACUAUAGAGGCCGUGACCCCAUGGCCGACCCAACCCCUUAAAACACUGAAGAAGAAGAUGAACUUGCCCGUCCGGGGCUGUAGAGGCCGUGACUCCAUGUCCUAACCAGCCCCCUAAAAACAGCGAGGAAAAAGUAGAAGUCCCUAAUAACAUUGAAGAAAAAGUCUGUCUCCCCGACCAUUAUCUGAGCACCGCGAUGAGUGAGAACCUUCCGGACACAAGCCAGAACACAGCUCUACGGGACAAGUUUGUCUCUGUAGUUGGCCCAGUAUUUGAAGGUGGGGAUGAAGACAAUAUCCUGACUCUCCUCACUUCCCUUGCUAAUGUGUGUCGGAAUGAUGCUGGGCUGCUUGUCAGGCCCUUGGAGGACGAGAUCACAAGGAAGGAUGCUGCCAUCACUGACACUGUGGGCAGAGACAAGGCUUCAGAGUUCACCUGCUGGUUGCUCGCAGAGCUUAUCACAGUGCACGGUUCCCCUCUGGUGUGUGAGGCUAAUGUUAAUCUCCAGGCCACCAUCAUGCGCCUCCUUGACUCACGCAAUCCUCGUCUCUUCUCGCUAGUGAUGAAGGACUAUGUUGGCAUUGGACUAGAAGGGAAAGAGGUACUCUUUGAUGGUGGAAGUGUUACAUGCAGAAGUUUCCCAUCAGUGGUGAGAUCAGAUGAUGCUCAGCUCAAGCCAAAGGACAUCCAGUUCACUGACAACCCUCAGCUGGACAACCUGUUCUCCAAUAUCACUCUUGUCCUUGGUCAGUUAGGAGACUUGGUGUGUCAUCUUGGAUCCCUGCAAGAUGACAUCUGGCUGCUGGUCACCAACUGCCUUGAAGGAGGAGAUACCAAUCUGAAGAUGUCAGCUCUCACUGCUAUAAGUCAGCUGCUAGACACCUGUGGGCUCCCUGAUUCUGUGGAGAGAGUGGACUAUCUACUGCAGUGUGUGGGAGCAAUGGUGUUGCUGCCUGUCAAGUCAGUUCAGGAUCCUUGUGAUGCAUUAGCACCAGCAGUGGCAAGCACUAGUAUGGCAAAGCAGCAGGCGGACAGUACUUGUGCAGCUACUUCUGAAGACGGAAGGACAUUUGAAGUUCCAUUAGCCAAGAUCAUGAUGGAUUUGCAAGAACAUAUUCCACAUCUGGUUCCAUUUCUUCAAGAAGAAUUUCUAAUUAUGCUGUUCAAAGUAUUCAAGCCAGCAACUUUGAUGGAAAAAAUCCCAGAGCUACUGAGAAAGCCUCUUGUUGAAUGCUUCUGUUUGUUGAUGGACUCACUGACUGCUGUUUCUUCACAACAUUCUCAAGCUUCUUGUGUUCUUGAGGAAUGUGUCUCCCACAGCCUUCUUGUGCCUGAGGUUUCAAGAGUAUUUCUCAGAAGAUUAGUUCUUGCCGAGCUGCUGGAGGCCUUACCUGCAACAGCUGCUACAACCACAAACUCUGAAUCCUUGGAGCCUAUUACUAAAAAGGGAAAAUUUUCAGAUCAAAAACCAGCAACACCUCCUGUAACAGUCAUUAACAUCAGCAAAUGGUGGAAGAUGGCUAUGCAAAAGCUGAGCACUAUGUUUGGUAGCUGGUCAGAAUCACCAGGUCCUUCAAUACAAGAGAUUGAAUUUGUCAACAUAAUUAUCUCAAACACAGAAUGGCUAAGUGUUAACAUCCCACCAUCUGAGGUCUCUCUUCAGUUUCUGCCUGAAGCCUGGCUUGUAGCAAUGACAGAUACAAUGACCACUGUUAUAACAAGCACAGAAGACACCACCAAGGUUGUGGCAAUGUUAAACCUGCUGGUGACGGUGGCCUGGGCAUCAUGCAUUGUGGAGACUAGCGAGGUAAGAGCUACCUUGCUUCAUUCAUGGCUGGCUCUGGCAACCCUCCCGUGGAUGACUGCUGAAGUUACUUGGAUGGACCUGAAACCUGUAAAUGCACGUAAUCUGGCACAGUGUGCUGCCAAGCUACACUGGACCAGUGAUCCCUCAGUGAAGAGCAAGAGUGUGGCCUUGGUGGCCCUAUUGCCAGAGUUUGUGGCACCAUGCUGGAGGUGCCAUGUGGUGCGAUCAGUCAUCAGUGAGCAGCAACCACAAGUUAUGGUAGAAGUGGCAGCAUGGUUCCCCAUGAUGGUCCACCAGUUGAAUGAGGUGAAUGGACAGCAGCUUGUUGGAGAAGUUACUGGUGCAGUGCUUCUUUCCUCAGACACAGCCACUGUCCUGGCUGCUGCUCACUGCUUCAGGCCCCUGCUCUGUGCCUUACUCAAACUUACCUCUGUAAAAUCUCUCAGGGAGGCUGAGGACAACAAGCGACCUUACUUGCAUUGCCAGGUGUGUGAUAAUGCUGCCCCUUCACAAUGUCCAAGUGCCACUGGGGUUGACACAACGCUUGUGUCUCGGUUCUUGGGGCUGCUAGGGCACCAUGACACAGCAGUGGUGGUGGCUGUGGUGGAGGCCCUCCCCACAGUGGUGAUGCACACCACCAUCACCAGCCCCAUGGUGAGUCAGUACCUUGCUCUACUUACCCACCAAGAUAAAGCAGUUGUCUCAGUGCUGUGUCAACAACUUCCUGCCCUUGUCUGUGUCAGGGAGCAGCAUCCCAACCAGGAAUCCAAGAGCCUAGGAAUGGCCAGGGAUGGUGAGAUGGUACUGUCCCAUCUUAAUGGAAUAGUGAGGGAGAGUGAGUGCGGUGAGGCAGCCUCCACGCAGCCUGUCAUGGCAGUACUUGAAGCUCUGAAGCACAUAGUGAGACAUCCUCUUGGGAGCCUCACUAGUGGAGUACUGGUGCUGCUGCUACGCUGUCUGUUUCUGAAGGUGCGGACAGCCACUUCCUUUGCUCACCUGGCAAUACACUCCUUAGCCAAGACCAUGAACCUCUCCUUAAAGGACCUUUAUGCACGACACAGACAAGCUCUUUCCCAGGUUUUGUCCUCUGCUGUCAACCAAGGGGAGGUGGCAGCACUAUUGAGUCAUGUGGCCGAAGUUUUCAAGUGGCCAGAGCUCUCAGUAGUCAGUAAAAGGAGUCCCCUCAACGCCCGGUUAGGAGCUUUCGUCAGCAGCCAGCUUCAGUAUCUUCUGCCAGCACUAGUAGUGAGGGCAGCCAAGGAGGCCAAACCAGGACUUCUGCAGGACUUGGCUGGAUGCCUUGGCUACCGGCUACGUGAUAUCCUGAUUGACCACUUCCAGCACAUUUUGGCGCACCUCGUCUUUCAUCACUCAGAGGAACAACAGGAGGCUGUGUUGAAUUUCAUUGCAACAACAACAGAGAUCCAGAUCCUUGAUAUCCGCCGAUGUUCUGUCCAGAACCAGGUGAAUGAGCUAGUGCUGGGGCUGCAUGACCACCGUAAAUCUGUGUUGCGAGAAUUCCACCACAUGAAGGCCAUUGACGCCACAACCUCUUUCACCUCUUCUGUCUCCAGCCGUGCAUCUUCCUCUAGAAGCCUUAAGAGGAAGAGCACAAGUGAGUCAUCUCAUGUUCCCCAGCAAGAUGAAAUAUGUGAAUACCUUGCACCACGUCUGCUCGGCAUCCUUGGGUUUCUUGACAACAAGCUUUUAUCUUCCUCUACAAUGUUCAAAGAGAAGAGGUCAGCUCUCUGGUGUCUGAAUGAUCUGCUGGCAUUGAUGGGCAAGAAGUAUAUAUCAUCAGUGUCUCGCAAAGUGCUUGCUUCACUAAAGGCAGCCCUCAAGCUUAAGGAUGAGGAAUUCUACGACAUUAGUUGUCAUGCUUGGGCCAAUUUUCUGCUUAACUUGGAUGAGUGUACUCUGGAGGGCCUGGUGGAAGAGGUGGUGAUAGUAGUGAUGCCACUCAUCCAGAAGCGACCAGAGCAGAUGGAGCCUGUCCUCACACAUGUCCUGGUUGAGAUGCCAUCUGUGAAACCACUGCUAGGGAACUUACCACUACUGCCAGCAGUGGAUGCUCUUGCAGGGAUCAACAAGUCCAUCAUGGAGAGUCAGCCAAAGGUGGAAGGGGGCAGCUCUGAAGAGGUUUUGCAACAUCUCUCAGGCAUUCUCAAGGGCCUGAGCCACGAGAGCAUUGAUGUCCGGCUGAGUGCAUUAGGCCGGCUUCGCCAUGCUCUCCAUCGCAACCAAACUGCCGUUCAUCAUCUCACCACUGCUUCCGACAAUGUGCACCCCACUGUGUCAGAGCUUUUCAGUGCACUUUUGGAUCAGUGUCGGGAGGUGGAUGAAGAUGUUCAGGUGUUGGUGGCAGAGUGCCUUGGACUGCUAGGGGCCAUUGAUCCCAGUCGCCUUUACUCAUACUCCAACAUAAAAGAGGAACUCAAUGAAAUUCAUCUAAAUAUCGAAAGUGAAUCAUUCAUCGUUCAGCUGAUCACAGAGCUGGGACGAGCUUUCUUGGCAGCCACUGAUGCCAGCGCACAAACAUGUGCUUCUUAUGCUCUGCAGGAGGUAACUCGCUUGUAUGGCAUCCGAGAGAGUGGGUCUGAGGAGACCACAGCAGUUGGCUCCAAAGCUUGGGAACAGCUGCGGUACCAUUUGCAGGAAAUCAUUCAUCCACUGCUGACCUCCAAGUACACACUUUCUACAGGCAGUGGGCGACCCACCCCUGCUCUGUCUUCUCCCAUAUUUGGAAGCCCUCAUGCAACAUCCUUCCAGCAGUGGCUCACCAGUUGGGAGUGCUCUCUAAUUGAUAUGUUGAAGAGUGAGAGGGCAACCCAGGUUUUCAAUGUGUGUAAGCCAAUCCUGCGGCGUGAUAUCACCACUGCUAUGUAUAUGCUACCCUCCAUGUUGGUGUGUGUACUGUGUGAGGCUCCUCAGCACCACCCUCAUGUGCUGGAUGAGGUGCUUGCUGUCAUAAACCAUGUUCAGGAAAAGGAUGAUGAAGGUAACAAGAAGGAAGACUCAGGUGCUGCUGCAUCAUCUGAAUUCAAACAACUGGCUGUUCAGACAGUUUUCUCAGCUCUUGACUACAUCAGCAAAUGGACACAGAAGCAGAGACAAGCAGAGAGCGUGGGAAAGAAACUCCGAGGAGCAUUUGUUCCAUCCAAAGAACUGAAGCAGGUAAUGAGUUUCCUAGAAAAGAUCCCUGCUGAUAUAUUGGCCCAAACUUCAUAUAAGAUGCAAUCCUACUCCCGUGCAUUGCUUCAUAUUGAAACCUAUUUGAAAGACAACUCAGAUCAACUCAAGGAACACCUUCAUUUCCUGCAGUGCAUCUAUGUCUCACUCGACGAGCCUGACGGUGUGGCGGGGGUGGCUGCCAUCAGGAGGGAGGAUCCCAGUCUUGAAGAGCAGGUCAUCCAACAUGAGGCAACAGGACGACUGCAGGAUGCCCUGGGGUGUUAUGAACGGCUGUGUGUUACCCAGGGCACAGAGGAGGUUUACAAGGGCCUUUUGGAGUGUUACAUCAGUGUGGACCAGCCUCAUUCAGUGCUCAAUAUCACCCAAGGACUCUUAUCCACAAGGCCUGAGUUGGAGUCGUCCCUCAACAAGUACCGUGUUGAGGCAGCAUGGAGACUCGGCAAGUGGGAUGCCCUUGAAACCUUUUUAAAAGCAACAACAGAGCAGCCAUCAUGGGGUGUGGGGGUGGGACAGGUGCUGCGGGCAGUAAGAGCAAGGGACCACCCAGCCUACCAGGCGUGCCUGAGGACCUUGAGGGUGAAUCACAUCUCUGUGCUGUCUGCUGCUAGCAUGGAGAAGUGGGCAUAUCAAAGGGCCUACCCAAAUAUACUGAGACUUCACAUGCUAACGGAGCUUGAGGAGAUGGUGUCUGGCCUUCUGUGCUUCAACCUGUCAGCAACUGAAGCCCUUAGAAGCAGCAACAGUAGGCUGGUCCAUGCAUCACAGCAAGUACAAGGCAGGCCUGAACUAGAGGGACAUUGGCAUCAGCGACCCCUUGAUGUUGGGGAACUGGUGAACCUGUGGGAUAAGCGGCUCAGGCUGAUCCAGACGUCUCAUCGAUGCCUCGAGCCAAUCCUCAGCUUUAGAAGGACUCUGUUUGCCUUGAGCAGUGAAUGGCUCCAGGAAACCAACCCAACUCAAAGUACAUCCCUCAAGACUGAGUUAGAGCGCACAUGGCUGCACAGUGCCAAGGUUGCUCGAAAGUCAGGCCACACACAGCAAGGAGAGUGGGCACUGCUUGGUGCAGGGUUUGGUCGUGAUGUAUUUGUGGAAAGAGCCAAGUGGCACUGGGUGAAGGGGGAACACCACCAGGCUGUGACAACCCUCAAUCGUGGCAUUGACAAGUUCUACCCUGCUGCUGACACCAUCAAAGGGGAUAACAGUGAGAGAAGCCAGGAAGAGCGACUGGCCUGUGGGCGAGCAAAGCUGCUCUUAGCAAAAUACACUGAGGAAGCAGCAACCUUGGAUGGAAAUGCAAUCAAGCAAUAUUACCGGGAUGCUUGUGAGAUGAACCGCCAGUGGGAAGAUGGACACUUCCAUCUUGCAAUGUACUAUGACCGCAUCCUGAAUUCACUGGAGAAAAAAGAGAAGCCUGUUGAGUGGAUCCAUCAUAUCAUUCUCAGCUUUGGAAAGUCCCUGCAGCACGGGUGCUGCCACAUAUACCAGUCAAUGCCCCGGAUGCUUGGCCUGUGGUUGGAAUUUGGCACUCGAGUGAGUGAACUGGAGAUAAGGGAGGGGAGAUCAGCUGCCAGCACCAGAAACAGCUCCCUUGAACUCCUACAGGAAAAAUUGGCCACCCUAAAUGGAGCUAUUGGAUCAAUGGUGGAUCGCCUGCCCCACUACAUGUUCCUGACAGCACUUCCUCAGCUCAUAUCUCGCAUCUGUCACUCUCACAAUGAUGUCUUCAAGCAACUUUGCAAAAUAAUUGCAACAAUGCUCAGCACUUUCCCUCAGCAGGCAAUGUGGCAUAUGGUUGCAGUUUCAAAGUCGUCCUACCACAUGCGAGUGGCAAGGUGCUCAGAAAUAUUUGAAGCAGCAAAGAUAAUCAACCCAAGUUUGUCAAAAUUCAUCGCUGAUGCAACCAAGUUGGCGGAUAAAUUUCUAGAACUUUCCAACAAACCUGUUGAAAAGGGUGUGCCCCAGGCCAGUCUUAACAACCUUCUGCGUGGCCUACCACGCUUGCUUGCUGAUUCGUCCUUCUCCAACAUCAUACUGCCCCUCCAACACCAGAUGGCAGCAACUCUUCCCUCAACAAAUGAUGACCUAAAGUCACAUAAUCCAUUUCCAAGAACUCCAGUCUAUCUAUCAAGCAUUGAAGAUAAAGUUGAGAUCAUGCAGUCCCUUCAACUCCCUAAGAAAAUCACUCUCCGAGGCUCUGAUGGCAAGUGUUACAUCAUGAUGUGCAAACCUAAGGAUGAUUUGCGAAAAGAUUGCCGACUCAUGGAGUUCAACAACUUUGUGAACCGCUUGCUUCUGCGAGAUCCAGAAUCAAGGAAGCGAGAUCUACACAUCAGGAGUUAUGCUGUAGUGCCACUCAAUGAAGAAUGUGGUUUGAUUGAAUGGAUUGAAAAUUUACAUGGACUUCGCCAAAUCCUCCAUCGGCUAUACAGGGACUCUGGGAACUACAUGCCAGCCCAAGAACUGAAGCAGAACAUGUGCAAGAGAGAUGCACCUCUUGUCACAAAGCGGGAAGUGUACCUGAACAAACUGGUGCCACGCCAUCCGCCUGUCUUUGGCACAUGGUUUCUCCGGACCUUUCCCGACCCACAGGCCUGGCUUCGGGCACGUCUGGCCUACUGCCGCACCACUGCUGUCAUGUCCAUGGUGGGCUACAUCCUAGGCCUGGGUGACAGGCAUGGUGAAAAUAUUCUCUUUGAUGCUUCUUGUGGAGACACUGUGCAUGUGGACUUUAACUGCCUAUUCAACAAGGGGGAAACAUUUGAUUACCCUGAGCGAGUCCCGUUCAGGCUGACACACAAUAUGGUGGCAGCAAUGGGUCCUACAGGCCAUGAGGGUAUCUACAGGAAGGCAUGUGAGGUGACAAUGAGAGUGAUGCGAGAAGAGAGAGAGGCUCUGAUGUCUGUGCUGCGUCCCUUCAUCCAUGAUCCACUGGUGGAAUGGUCAAGAGGAAACAAGAGUGCCAGAACUACUGGCGAGAUCAACAAUGAAAAGGCACAGAUGCACGUUACAAACAUCGAGCAUCGUCUCAGUGGUCAAAUUCGAUCUAAGGGACGAGGCCUUAAUCAGCCACUGUCUGUUGAGGGACAAGUCAACUCACUGAUUGAAGAAGCUACCAGCAUUGACAACCUUUGCCAGAUGUAUAUUGGAUGGGCUGCAUAUAUGUAGAAGAAACUUUUUGAGAAAAAGGGCAUUGAGCUUACAUAAGUAUUGCUUUCACUGUGAUAACAGAAUGUGAUGACCCCAAUCAGCCAUCACUUGGUUGGUUGUGAGCAGCCUCUAAGGUUCAAUGGAUAUAGAGGUUGAGAGUUUGCCUUGGUAAUUUGACUCUCUUACCUCUGUCCCCUCAAAGAUUAUAUUCCUAGACUUUGAGUUUAGACCUUCAGUUUCAAUCAGGUAUCCCUAGACAAGCACAAGUGGGUCACUGGGUGACUAUGUGGAAAAAUGUGUGUGUGUGUGUGUGUGUGUGUGUGUGUGUGUGUGUGUAUUUACCCAUGUUUCACUUGCAUAUGUGAGGGUUGGUACUAUUAUAGUAUUUCUCAAAUCCCUCUUUACCUCCAUGCUCACACUUCUGCCAUUCAUGAUUCAUCCCAAAGACCCUACCACCCUUCUUCCUUGCAAUGCCCUUUCUCUUGUCUCUCUCCAUACCACCAUGCUUACACAUAACUGAUCCAAGGUACUUAAACUCAUUGACCUCCUCCAUUUCUUCACCAUUCAAAAUUAUAUUGCUUUCUUUUUCCCAUUCAAUUCCCACUCUAUAUGGGCAUACAAAAUCUACAACCUCACUUCUACUCCACUCACGAACCAUCACUUUACUUUUGUUGACAUUUACUUCAAGUGAAACAUGGGCCUGGAAUGAAAGUCAGAGGUCUAGAGUGCAGGCAGUGGAAAUAAGUUAUUUGAGGAGUGCAUGUGGUGUGAGUAGAAUGGAUGGAAUGAGUAAUGAAAGUAUGUAUGAGCAUUUUGGAAUGUGUCACGUGGGUGAAGGGAAGAAGUGUGAAGUGGUGGAAGAAGUGAAGCGACAGGAUUUAAAGUGGUUUGGCCACAUGGAGCGAAUGGCGGAGAGUGAGAUGACCAGAAGGGUGUAUGUGAGUGAGAUAGAGGGAGGGAAUGUUAGAGGACGACCUCCAGUGAAAUGGAGAAAUAGGGUGCAGGAGUAUGUCAGGGAGAGGGGUGAAAGAUCCUUGAGAAACUUAGAGCAGGCAAGGAGGGAGUGUCUAUAUAGAGAAAGAUGGAAACUCUUCUACCGUGGCCAUCCCCUGGUGGGAGCUCCUGGGAGCAGGCGUCGAUGAUGAUGGUGAUGAUGAUGGUGUGUAUUUACCUAGUUGUAAUUUUACAGGCCCUAGGCUUAUGCUCAUGUGGUCCCAUCUCCAUAUCUGUACUUGUCCAGUUUUUCCUUAAUUAAAGUUGUGCACACUCUUUGCCGACACUACAUCCUCA